AUGAGUAUUUCUCCCUAUCUGGUUACACAAGUCCGUGUUGCUCAUAACGAUGAUGAUGAAAGCGUAAAGUGAGAAAUCUGCAUGAAUGGAGACACAACAGAGGAGGAAGAGAUCCUCCUCUGAGAUCUCUGCAAUGGAGCAGUCCAUCAAUCAUGCUACGGCAGAGACAUCGAGUAUAACAUCCCUGAUGGAGACUGGUUCUGAGAGAGAUGCAAUGAAAUAGUUGCGACUAAAAAGAUCCCAAAAUGAACUCUCUGUGGCGGCCUAAAAGGAGUCAUGGUCCAGACAGACAGACUCAAAUGGGUUCAUCCUAUUUGAGUCAACUGGAUGCCAGGAAUCUACUUUUUUGAUGCUGAAGUUGGCAAGACACCUCAUAUGUACAAAGUAGGUGGGAAUAUUGACAAAGACCUAGUCUCAUCAAAAUGAAAAUACUGAGGAAAAUCAUCAGGUACCUGCAUAACUUGAGAAUAUAAGAACUGAACAGCCCAUUUCCAUGUAUACUGUUCGGCUAUGAAGGGAUGAAUCAAGGAUUAUCAGGAUGCCAAUGAACUCAGCCAAGUUGAAAACCAUGGUUAUUGCCCAGUAUUCUGCACACAACAUGAGACUUUAGGCACCAAGACUUUCAAAGAACAUGGAUAUAAGGGGAUCAAAGCAGCUGAGCACCCUGUACAAAGUGAAGAAAAAAUCCGCUUGAAGAAGAGGAACAUGAAAUGAAGGAUGAAAAUGAAUGAAGAUGAUGAUGAAGAGAAUAUGAAAUAUCCGAAACAAUUCCCAAGAAGAAAAAGGCUAAGAAGAACACAAUAA